GCAAUGCAGCAAGUGUUGGAUAACCUCACGGAACUGCCUUCGUCUACCGGAACAGAAGAAAUAGAUCUAAUUUUCCUCAAGGGGAUCAUGGAGAAUCCUAUUGUAAAAUCACUUGCUAAGGCUCAUGACAGGCUAGAAGAUUCAAAACUGGAAGCUGUCAGCGACAAUAACUUGGAAUUAGUCAAUGAGAUUCUUGAAGAUAUCAGUCCUUUGAUAAAUGUGGAUGAAAAUGUGGCAGAAUUGGUGGGCAUUCUCAAAGAGCCUCACUUCCAGUCACUCUUGGAGGCCCAUGAUAUCGUGGCUUCAAAGUGUUAUGACUCACCUCCAUCAAGCCCUGAAAUGAAUAAUUCUAUCAACAAUCAGUUACUACCGGUAGAUGCUAUUCGGAUUCUUGGUAUUCACAAAAGAGCUGGAGAGCCAUUGGGUGUAACAUUUAGGGUUGAGAAUAAUGAUCUGGUGAUUGCCCGAAUCCUUCAUGGAGGAAUGAUAGAUCGACAAGGUCUGCUUCACGUGGGAGAUAUUAUUAAAGAAGUCAAUGGCCAUGAGGUUGGAAACAAUCCAAAGGAAUUACAAGAGUUACUGAAAAAUAUUAGUGGAAGUGUUACCCUAAAAAUUUUACCAAGCUACAGAGAUAGUAUUACACCUCAACAGGUAUUUGUGAAAUGUCAUUUUGAUUAUAAUCCAUACAACGAUAACCUGAUACCCUGCAAAGAAGCUGGAUUAAAGUUUUCAAAAGGAGAAAUUCUUCAGAUUGUAAACAGAGAAGACCCAAACUGGUGGCAGGCUAGCCAUAUAAAAGAGGGAGGAAGCGCUGGUCUCAUUCCAAGCCAGUUCCUGGAAGAGAAGAGAAAGGCAUUUGUUAGAAGAGACUGGGACAAUUCAGGACCUUUCUGUGGAACUAUAAGUAGCAAAAAAAAGAAAAAAAUGAUGUACCUCACAACUAGAAAUGCAGAAUUUGAUCGCCAUGAAAUCCAAAUAUAUGAAGAGGUAGCCAAAAUGCCCCCCUUCCAGAGGAAGACAUUAGUAUUAAUAGGAGCCCAAGGUGUGGGCCGAAGAAGCUUGAAAAACAGGUUCAUAGUAUUGAAUCCCACUAAAUUUGGAACUACAGUGCCAUUUACUUCACGGAAACCAAGGGAAGAUGAAAAAGAUGGCCAGGCAUAUCAAUUUGUGUCACGAUCUGAGAUGGAAGCAGAUAUUAAAGCUGGAAAAUACUUGGAGCAUGGGGAAUAUGAAGGCAAUCUCUAUGGAACCAAGAUUGAUUCUAUUCUGGAGGUUGUCCAGACUGGAAGAACUUGUAUCUUGGAUGUCAACCCACAAGCCCUGAAGGUAUUGAGGACGGCAGAGUUCAUGCCUUACGUCGUGUUCAUUGCUGCCCCAGAACUGGAAACACUGCGUGCCAUGCAUAAGGCAGUGGUGGAUGCGGGAAUCACUACCAAGCUUUUGACGGACUCUGACUUGAAGAAAACAGUUGAUGAAAGUGCCCGCAUUCAGAGAGCAUACAACCACUACUUUGAUUUGAUCAUCAUAAACGACAAUCUCGACAAAGCCUUUGAAAAACUACAAACUGCCAUCGAGAACCUGAGACUGGAGCCACAGUGGGUCCCAAUCAGCUGGGUUUACUGAUCAUUCAGUCAGACUUGCAAUUAACAUGAAACUUAAAAUUAAAAAAAAAAUGACUUCAACAAAUAAACCUGUUGCUGAGAAAAUGCAAGCAGAGAUAGAAGAUAUAUAUGCCAUGUGCAGGCAUUUUUAUUGCGUAGAUUGAAAUAACAGUACACUACUCUGAAUUUUUAUAUAAAAUGUGUUUGAAAAAGUGUACUAAUAUAUAAUUUAUCUUAAUUUUUCUAACUUUUUAUGGAUAAUCUUUCUAUUCAUAUCACAUAAAGAAAUGCGUUGAAGCA